AUGUCUACAGACGAUACAAACCCUGAACAAUCGAAGAACGAUGACUGUGUGACGUGCGAUGAUUUAUUAGAGGCGAUUGAUAAUGAAGAGCAAGAAUUAGAUCAAGCAAGAGCUCUUUAUGGAUCGUGCGAUGUUGACUCGUGUACUUAUGCACAGGGUUAUGUCAAACGACAAGCUCUAUUUGUUUGUAUGACUUGUUAUCGUAAUAAUUCUCAACAACAAUUGGCUGGAAUAUGUGCAGCAUGUGCUUAUCACUGUCACAGUGAUCAUGAAAUUAAUGAAUUAUAUACACGACGAUAUUUUCGUUGCGAUUGUGGUAAUUCAAAAUUCAAUGAUAAUCAACCGUGUAAACUAAAUCCAAAUAAAGAAGCUGAAAAUACGUUAAAUAAAUAUGAUGAUAAUUUUCGUGGACUUUAUUGUACCUGUAAAAAACCUUAUCCGGAUAGUGAAAUUCAGGAUGAAAUGUUACAAUGUGUACCGUUGCCAACGGAAGUAACUGAUGUUGAACAAUUAGAUUUUGUCUGUCAAACAUGCAUUACAAAACAUCCGUUUCUUUCCUAUUAUGCUGAGUUGGCAACAAAUACAACAGAACCUGUUACUGAAGACAAUAGUUGUUUGUUAGAACAAACGAAAAAACAAGAUCCAACGCGAGCGGAUCAACUUCAUGCAAUAUUUUUUCGCGACGGAUGGCGAAAACGUCUUUGUCGUUGUAGUCAAUGCUCGAAAAUGUACGAGAAUUGUAAUUUGUCUGUUGUGUUCGAUGAAGAAGAUUCGAUCCAAGAAUAUGAACGUCAAUCAUUUGAAAAAAGUGACUAUUUAGAUCCAGACAAAUUAUUAGCCAAUUCAUUACAGCAACUCGAUCAUGUAACAAAAAUGGAAGUUCUUUAUGGCAUCAAUGAAUUCAAGGAGUCACUUGGACAAUUUUUACGUAAUAAAGCAGAUGGCUUGGUUACAACGGCCGAUAUUCACACUUUUUUUGGUGAUCUUCAACAAAAGCGAAAAGAUCGUAGUAUAAAUAUACCAAAUAAAAAAUGUAAAUAUUAA